ACAACUCCGACGUAAGGUGACAUGCAGCUGUUAUCAUAUCUGGGUUUAAAUGUGCAGUGCCUCAACUCACUGUACUGUCUGACACGAUGCCACUUCAUCGGGAAGUAAUGAUUUGGCUGACACUUUUGCUACUGAAUGCAGUUUGCAUAUGCAGUUCCUACAAAGGAACGAUUAACCUAGCCAGAGGCAAAUCAGCAACAGCGAGCUCUGUGUAUGGGCCACCGCCAAGAGUUGCAACAGACGGCCUCCCCUUCACUGACUGGGAAUAUGGCAGUUGUUUUGCUGUGCUAGAAGGUGACAAUCAUCCCUGGUGGCAAGUCGAUCUUGAAGCGUCUUCUUAUGUCACUGAGGUUGCCGUGACAAGCAGGAGUGACUAUCGUCCUGAAAGACUACACGACUUCACACUGGAGGUGUUUGACAGGAACCCGGCCACCUCAACACGCGCCAGGGGUGCACUCUGUGGAACCUACGAUGGUGCGGUCACAGAACCAGGAAAGACUGUCACUGUGAAAUGUGUUCGUCGUCUUAGAGGACGAUAUGUCCGGCUGAGGAUGGAAAAGAACGGUGAAGAUGAUGUCCUUCAAUUCUGUGAGGUCAAAGUUUUCGGAUCCAUUAUUCCUCGUGGCAGGUUUAAUCUGGCUAUAGGCAAGCCAGCAACAGCGAGCUCUGUGAAUGGGCCACUGCCUAGAGUUGCAACAGACGGCCUCCCCAACACUGAUUGGGGAUCUGGCAGUUGUUUUGCUGUGAUAGAUGGAGACAAUCAUCCCUGGUGGCAAGUCGAUCUUGAAGCAUAUUCUAGGGUGUUUGAGGUUGCCGUGACAAGCAGGAGUGACUGUUGUCCUGAAAGACUACACGACUUCACAGUGGAGGUCUUUAGGAAGAACCCGGCCACCAGAACAGGCGUUAGUGGUGCACUGUGUGGAACCUACAACGGUGCAGUCACAGAACCAGGGAAGACUGUCAAUAUAAAGUGUAUCCGAUCUGCUAGAGGACGAUUUGUCCGACUGAGAGGGAGAAAGGAUGGUGAAGAUGACGUCCUUCAAUUCUGUGAGGUCAAAGUUUUCGGAUCCAUUAUACCUGGUGGAAAGUUUAAUCUGGCUGGAGGCAAGCCAGCAACAGCGAGCUCUGUGUUUGGGCCACUGCCUGGUGUUGCUACCGACGACCUCCCCUACACUGACUGGGAAUAUGGCAGUUGUUUUGCUGUGGCAGAAGGAGACAAUCAUCCCUGGUGGCAAGUCGAUUUAGGAUCGUUUUCUAAGGUCAUUGAGGUUGCCGUGACUAGCAGGAGUGACUGUUGUCCUGAGAGACUACACGACUUCAAACUGGAGGUCUUCACCAAACCAGGCACCAGGGGUGCACUGUGUGGAACCUACGAUGGUGCAAUCGCAGAACCAGGAAAGACUUACACUGUAAAAUGUACCCGACCUGUUAAAGGGCGGUAUGUCCGAUUGAGUGGAAAAAAGAACGGUGAGGGUGACCUCCUUCAGUUUUGUGAGGUCAAGGUGUUUGGUUAUGCGUCUUAACCAAGGCUUAUAAAAGCAUGCGGA